GCUUUGUUGCCUAGCAACUGAUUGGCGUCGUCCGGCAGCACUGGCACCCGGGGGAAGCGGAAAGGGCAGCUUGCUAGCCCAGCCUGACGCUUGCUUGCACAUCUCACUCCCGCUUGCGCGACCGCAGGGGGUUCGUUCAGCCAGGGGCUCAUCUAAGUUUAUCCAGCGGGACCCUCCACUGACUGGCAGGACCUGUUUCCCUCCCGGAAGUCCUAGGGUGGAGGGGCCAGAGGAGGAAAAGAAAGUCACUGUGCUAUUUGAAACUUAGAAGCCGCUCAUCCUGGCAGCAUUCUGGGGUUCCAGAAAACAGGCGCCUUCUGUCAACUAACUGGGUGUAUGGCAGGGGACCCCCAAGCCCCAGAUGAGUGAGCCACAGUAACCCUGAGGAGUCCGGCAACAGGGCGGGACAGACGCCGGCUGCCUGACCAUGCACAGCCGAGCUUAUGCCUUGCUGCAAAGAGACUUCAGAGAGCUGAUGGAGAAGGGUUACCCGGGCAUUACCGCCUUUCCCCUAAGUGAAGAUAUGAUGGCAUGGAAGGCUGACAUUGAAGGUCUACAGAACUCAAUUUGGCAGGGAUUAGUUUUCGAUGUUGCAAUAAAUUUUACACCGGGCUACAACUCUGUCCCUCCAGCUGUGAGAUUUGUAACAAUUCCUUUUCAUCCAAAUGUAAACCCAGAUACUGGUGAGCCCUGUAUCGAUUUCCUGAACAACUCUCAUAAGUGGAACCCAAAAUACACAUUGAGCAGCAUCUUACUCGCCCUGCAGGUUAUGCUCUCUAACCCAGUGACGGAAAACCCGGUGAAUUUGGAAGCAGCCCAAAUGCUGAGUCAAGAUGAAGCUAUGUACCAAAUAGUACUUCGGAGACUUUUCCAGAGAUCGUUACAAUUGGACGACGGCUCUGUCCUGUUACCUAAGCACGCACACGAGCUCACCAGUGCUGAGAACAGAACCAAGGCCCGCACGGGUGCUAGGCCACCCAAAGUGAUCUCAUUUGAUGAUUACCACAAGACCUGGUGUGGAAUAGCCACGUCGAAAGCCACGGAGUCCCACAGAAGGCCGUGUAAGUGCUUGAAGAUCCAGACCUCACUGGACAAUAUUCUAAAUGGAAGGAGAUGGAUCUACAAUAUCCUGAAGAAUGGAAGUCAAAGUUUGCUGCCACCAGGUCUCGGGGCGCCCGAGAACGCAGAGCGCCAGCCAGCACCAUCCCUUCAGGGGAGAGGACCCACCCCUGCCCUACUCCAG